AUGGCGAUGGCACCUCCGUCAUCAAGCGGCCAGCUGGAAACCAAGCACUACAACCUGGCUGCCCUAGCGGCGACCCUCGUCGCGGCGGCGGUCGUCACCGUCGUCUCGGUCAUGCUGAGCCCGGCGCGCCUCAGCUUCUCCGUCACCGACGCGCGCAACGACUUCACGAGCCACCCGGCGCGUCUCUUCCUCACCCUCGCCGCCCAGAACCCGAGCCGGCGCGCGGCCGUGCAGUACUGGAGCAUCUUCGUCGAGGUGAGCAACAGCACCGGGCUGCAGUGGUUUACCUGGAUGAAGGCCAACGUGUCGGCGUACCUGCCGCUGCACCAGCCGAGGCGCAGCGAGAGAAAGGUGAACGCGACGGUGUCCAUGGUGGGGCUCGCCGGGGAGGAGUUCACGGGGAACAGGACCAGCCACAGCUUCAGCGUCACGGUCACCGCCGUGGCGCGGUUCAAGGUCGGCGUCGCGUGGACAAGGCUCUACGACAUCAAGCGGAGGCGCAGCGAGACCAAGGUGAACGCGACGGUGUCCAUAGUGGGACUCGCUGAGGCGGACGCCUUCACGAGUAACAAGACGAACCGCAAAUUGAGCGUGAUGGUCGCCGCCGUCGCGCGGUUCAAGGUCGGCGUCGCGUGGACGAGGCUGUACGACAUCAAGGUCUCCUGCGGGAACGUCGACUUCUUCGCUAAUAACCAGAGCAGCACCGCUGACUACCAUGCCGAUUGA